AUGAGUGAAAAGGAGGCAAAUGAACUGAAAGAUGAAAAUUGUGCAAAUUCUUCGCGGGAAGACAGUGACAAGAAUAGCAAUGGUAAUAGCUUCGAGAUGGAUUUUGAAAUUGUAGUACCGGAAGGAAUGUCGCAAGCAUCAUGUGGAAUUGAGAAAAUAGGAAAGGAAUAUAAAAAUAAAUGGAUUCACAAAGGGAAUGAUAAUACAUCAGCUGAUAUAAAAUUGGAAGAUAAGGAACGAUGGACAAAUAAUGAUGUUUAUGAAGACCAAAGAAUUCACACAGAGGAAUUAAUCAGUGAUUGCAAAAAUGGGAAGACACAUUUACAGGAUGAUGGAUUGUACUCAACUGAAGAAAAAAAAAAAGAAAGAGAAAAUAAUCACGUAAUGAAAAAAGAAUUUCAUAAAAUAAUUAAUGACAAUAUUAUGGAUAAGCUGGUUCAUAGAACAUUUAACAAUAUUAUGAAGGACACAUCGAAUGAAUGUGGUUUUAUUGUUACUCCCGAUACCCCUGUAGCACGUGGUACCGAAUGUCACCACAGUAACCAUAAGAGAAGUGCACCAUUGUUUGACAAUCCUGUUGUAAAGAAAGAAAAGAUAAAUACAAUAAAAAAAGAAAAGGAAGAAAAAUUUGAAACUGACCAUAAACAUGUAGGCUACAAUGUUGUCAGUAGUACAUGUGGAAACAGAACUAAAACAAGGAUUAAAAAUGAACCUGUAGGAAUAGUGGAAAUGGAAAUGGAAAUGACGGAUGAUGAAUCACUGCUUGAGUAUUCAAGAAUGGACAAUAAUUCAUAUCUGCAGAAAGGAAGGUAUAGAAAAAAAUUCGAAGAUGAAAAUGAUAUUGAAAUGUUUCCAUAUGAAGCUGAAGGGGAAGAGAAAGUGGAAAAGUACACGAAAAAGAAUAAACUGAUUUAUGGGAAAGAGGAAAAGAGUGAUAGGAUCAUUGGCAAAUUAUCUGAUUUUGAUUCUGUUAUAAUUGAUGAAACGUUGCCAGAAAUUCCUUUAGGCAGCAAUUCGGAUAGAAAAGACAACAAUGUCAUACAUAAGGAUGAAAAUGAAGCAAACAAUAAAGAAUAUUUGCACGAAAUUUCAAGCAUAAUUUACGACAAAAAUGGAAAUGAUAACUAUAUAGAUGAAGAAAACCAAGUAGGAAUUGACCAACUUUCAUUCAAUAAGAAAGAAAAAGGAUAUAAAAAUAAAAUAAAAUUCCCAUCUAUUUAUGAAAACAACAGAGAAGAAUGGUUUCAAGCCAAUGAAAAUGAUGAAUGGAUGGUUCAUAAGUUAUGUGAUUGGAUAUAUAAUGUUAAGGAUAAACUGUACUUUAAUUUACAAACUCAAGGAAUCUAUUACACCAAGAAGAAUGGCGAAUUUUUGAAAUUUGAGAACUCAUUCCACGAAAGAGAAGAUACAGUUGAGAAUGAAAAAGAGGUCUCAAGAGAGACUCCAAGUAAUUAUAAAAGUAUGAACAGAAGCGAAAAUAAUUCCCUCAGUGAAUCAGAGUUUGAUGAUGCAGAUAUGAAUAGAAAAUAUAAAGCUCGUGCAUAUUGUAAGGACUUAUCUAACAAUGAUGACUAUGAAUGUAUAGACGUCGACACCUUGAGAUGGAAUGAUAAUAAAGAUGUUAAACCUAGUGCUAAGGAUGAACAUGGUAGAAAUAUUGCUUCUAAAAAUAUAUAUAAAGAUGACAAAAGAAAAAAAAAAAAUUGUAAUCCUGGAAAUGGUCACAUGUCACGUGAUCAUGAUGAGAGAAUCAAGAACGUGAGUAUAAAUUCAUUGCAUGCAAGCUACACACAUGAUAAUCAAUCACAUGAUGAGACAGUUGAAGAAUUCAGCAUGGUUUUAGAGGAUGAUUUAGUAUGUGGAACUUAUAGUGAAAUGGGUAUUCAUAAUAAAGGAGGAAAUGAAGAUUUUUAUGUUACAAAAGAUAUUUUAGAUCUGAAUGAUAUAUCAGAAAGUGAUGGUUUGUGUUUCUUCAGUGGUGUAUUUGAUGGACAUGGUGGAUCUAAUUGUGCAAGAUAUGUAAUGUCUCAUUUGAAAACAAAUUUGAUUGCAAAAUUUCGACAAUCCUUUUUAAUUACAUGUAAGAAACAAUUUAAAGAAAAGACAUCAAAAUUAAAUGAUUUAAGUGUUGAGAUAAGAGCACUUUAUGACAGUUGUAUUAAAGGAUUUGAUAUGACUGAUAAGAAUUAUAUUGAAUUGUCAAAGAAAUAUGAUUAUAGAGAUGGUUCUACAGCAUGUGUGGUUUUAAUUUAUGGACCUGAUGAUGACGGGUCGUUAAAAGUGUUAUGUGCAAAUUGUGGAGAUUCUGGUGCACUAAUUUGUCACAAUAGAGAUCCGGUUAAACUAUCCUUGAGACAUAAGCCAGAUUUGCAAGAAGAACGAUUAAGAAUAUUGAAAUGUGGAGGUAUAAUAGCUAAUAUUAAUGGAAUUAAUCGAAUCAUAACAAAGCACAAUGUUAAAGAUAACAAAAGUAGAGAAAAAACAUUUUUAGCUUUAUCUACAUCUAGAUCAUUCGGUGAUAUUUCUUACAAAAUCCCGAGAAAAAUUGUUCUUUCGAAACCUUUUAUUAGCAUAUAUACCAUUGAUUUUGAUUUGGAUUCAUUUCUGGUUCUUGCUACCGAUGGAAUUCUAAAUGUAUUAACAAAUAAGGAAAUUAUUGAUAUAGUAUGGAAUAAUAUACAUCGCAAACCUGAAGAAGCCGCAGAAGAAGUUGUCAAGGAGGCAACAAAGCGAGGAUCCACAGAUGACAAAACUUGCACCGUUAUUUUUUUUUAUUGGAGGAAGGAUAUUUUUAGAGAUGCACCUGAAGAUGUUAACCCGGACCCCUCCUCCCCCCUUGAGGACUCAAAGGCAGAGGACAUCAACAUGUUUUCGGAAGUUUUCUGA